ACUACAACCAUUUCCCGUCUUCCACCCUCCUUCCAUCCAUUCCGUUCGGACACACCGUCCUCGUUUCUCUCUCCCCUCCCCUGUCCUUCCCCUACGUGCUCACGGUCCCCCCCCAUCCCCACGAGGGCCUCCGCGGCGAGGAAGAGAGAGACAGAGAGGCAGCAGCAGGCGGAGCGGGGGGACGCGCGCAGAUGGAUCUGGAGAGGUCGCCGCCGGCGUCGCCGGCGGAGGCGGCCGGGGGCGGGGCCGCGGCUUGCUCCAUCUGCCUGGAUCCGGUGCUCGCCCGCGGCGCCGGCCGGUCCGUCGCCAAGCUGCAAUGCGGACACGAGUUCCACCUAGAUUGUAUUGGGUCCGCAUUCAAUGCAAAAGGAGCGAUGCAAUGUCCUAACUGUCGGAAGAUUGAGAAAGGCCGAUGGCUUUAUGCAAGCGGACACCGCCCCUCUGCUGAUAUUGAUAUGGGUGGCUGGGUGACUGGUGACAACUAUGAUAUCACCUCCGAGCUUCCUUUUGGAUUUCAAUGGUGCCCCUUUAGUGGAUUCACCCAGCUAGCAUCUGUGUUUGAGGAGCGUGAAGCUGAGCCAACUUAUCACACAACUGGAGACCACUCAAGUGCUGCAAGCAGUUCACUUGUUUGCCCAUAUCUUGCCCUGCGUGGUUUUCUCCAUCCUGUUCACGUGCCUUCUACUUCCAAUUCUGGUGCUGAAAGCACUUCAUUUCAUCGACAUUCAACUGGCUUGGAAGGCCAUGCCACUCCUGAUUUGAAUAAUGCUCCAGUUUUCCAUGCUACCGAGUCAAGAAAUCAUGACAGUGAGCACAGACAUUUGAGUAAUCUUCCUGUAUCAGGAAUUCCUGAAUAUUCUAUGACUCCAUUUGGUAUAGGAGUACCAAGAUAUGACAGUGGCAGUCAACAGAGAUUGAGAUCAUAUGCACAUCAUCACCCCCUAAUCCAUAGGCCAACACCUCGCAGUGGAAGCAACUUGGUGGCACCAUUAGGGUCAGUUCCAGCUGUCGUGGCAGAGACUAGAGGCCAUGGUCAUGGUGCAAGAGGCCAUAUGUACCAACAGUCAAUGCACUCAUCUGUGCAGGGCAGCCCGUUCCCUCCUACCACUAGAAGGGUUAGGCCGAGAGCUUUGACAAUUACAUCUUUCAUUGCGGCGACUUCCUCAGGUGAGAUUGGAGGGCCUCAUGCCCAUGGAUUUUCCGCUCCUGGAGCUGUGAACAGGAGCGUUUCUGAUGCUGAGGGCAUCUCUAGACCCAUCGACCGACCAUAUACAUGGGGUCGGGAGGGCUUUGCUCCGUUCCCCUGGAUCCCUGCUGAAGGCGAGUCUCACUGGUGGGGCACCUUCAAUCCUAUGCAGAACCAUGCACAUGGAAGUUUUACCAGAAGGCCUGCUGGGGAGCGGAUGCCACAGAGUCACCCAGAGAACGGCUAUCAGCCUGUGCCCCCUUCACAGAGGAUGCCUCCGUUCUUGUGAUUGUGAUUGUGAUUGGAUGAGGCUGUUCCUCCAAUUGUUGUGUAUAAACAUUAUUUGAUUCGAGACUUGAGAGAGAACAAUGAGCGAAGGUCGACUGCACUGCAGCAUUGAAACUGGUCAGUUAUGAGACCUGUAUGAUGUUUAUGCCGCUGGUAUUUUAGAGUUCUCGGUCCACCAGCACUCAGGUUUCAUUGAGCGCUGUAGUUUGUCCUAACUGAUAUGGUGUUGCAUUGAGAAGGACUAUUUGGAAACAUGAGUUAAACUGCAUCUCUGGUCCCUGGGAUUCAAAAGUACCGAGUCCAGCUAUGAAAUUUGUUCGUCACAAUCGUGUAUUUCUGAAUGAUCUUUGGCCUACAUUUGUUU